AAGAGACAAGAAGAAACAUAUUCGUGGUAACAUUUGAAGCAUUUCAGUCUGACAGCUUUUUGGAUUUAAAAUAAUACGUCAAUGAACAUUACAGGAGCACGGAGCAAUGUAAAGAGGAUGCAGACAAACACACCUGAGUCCUGUGUAAAGACCUGAGGAGGAUAUGAUACCAGAUCCCACAGCUGCAGCUACAUCUAGGCCCUCAGAACUGGAUAAUAACUCUCAGGAUCAGGCAAACUCCUCUGGAGCUGUCAAUCAUUCAGAGGAUGAGUCCGGGAAUGAGAACAGACAAAAGAGCGUGAGAAAAAGGAGAAGAGCACACAAGGGUUCAGAGAAUGUCAAGUGCAAAAAAGCCAAAGCUGGCCGCAGGAGCGUCAGUAGAAAAGGUGGCAGCCAGAGUAAACGGAGGCAUGUGGAGGCUGUCACCCUGUUCGAGGUCAUCACCAUGGGCAGAGGUGCCAUGCAGAUGGUGAUUGAUGAUUGGAUUGAGGCGUAUGUGACAGACAGAGACACGUCUCUCCUUGAUCUCAUCAGCUUCUUCAUCCAGUGCUCUGGUUGCAAAGGUGUGGUCACAGCAGAGAUGUGUCAGAGCAAAGAGGACAGUGAUGUCAUGAGUAAGAUGGGGGAGAAGCUGGAUGAGGUCGCUGGUCUGCAGUACAAGAAGUUUCUGGCGUUUCCAUGGAUCCUCACAGUCACAUGGCCCAUGGAUACGGACAGUGUGGAGUAUCCUCUCAUACAGUCUGGACCGUACGGCCGCUGGUUUCACUCUGAGUUCUGUGACUUUGUGUCAGUGCUGGUGGCUCAGUGUCAGCACAGCGUCAUCUUUGACAAUUACUUGAUGAGCACCCUCAUCUCACUGCUCACUGAGCUGUCCGACUCAUAUAUACGAGCCUUCAGACACACCUGCACGCUGGCAGCGGUGAAGCUGAUGAGCUCUCUGGUAAGUGUGGCUCUGAGCCUGAGCGUCAGCAUUGAAAACAGUCAGAAACUGCAGGCGGUGCAGAAGACGAAGACCUUGAGGCAGAAAAGCACACCCCAGCAGGAGAGAAUACACAAGAAGAUCACAGAGCUGCAGGAGAAGAGAGCGGAGAUAGAGGGAAUGAUGGACGUCAUCUUCAAGGGAAUCUUUCUGAAGAGAUAUCGUGAUGUGCUUCCAGAAAUUCGCUCUAUUUGUAUGGAGGAGAUGGGUGUGUGGAUGAAGCUCUACAGCUCUAUAUUUCUCAGUGAUAGUUACCUCAAAUACAUGGGCUGGAUGAUGCACGACAAGAUACCAGAUGUGCGUCUUAAGUGUGUAUUAGGUCUGCAGGGUUUAUAUGGAGAUCCUGGCCUCCUGCCUAAACUAGACCUGUUCACCAGCCGCUUCAAGGACCGGAUGAUCUCCAUGACUCUGGACAAGGACAAUGAAGUGGCUGUGCAAACCAUGAAACUGCUGGUGCUCAUCUCCAAAUCGUCCGACGAUGUGCUCAGUCCAGCGGACUACAAGCAGCUGCUCCAGUUUGUGUAUUCCUCACAGCGCCCUCUUGCAGCCACUGCAGGAGAGCUACUCUUCUCAAGGCUUCUCAACACCUUGGCUCCUGCAUCUGGUGAUCAGGAUGGAUUAAAUGAGGAGGAGGCUCAUAAAGAACAAACCUUGGCCAGACUGAAGGCUCUGUUGCAGUUCUAUCAGGAGUCUGAGCUGCACAAGCAUGUGGUAUACCUGGUGGACAGUCUUUGGGACUGUGGUGGAGCCCUGCUGAAGGACUGGUCCGCACUCACAUCUACACUGAUGCAGGACUCUUCCUCACAGAGCUCAGAUCAAACGGUGCUCGUGGAGAUCAUGGUAGCAUCGGUGCGUCAGGCCUCAGAGGGACCGAUGCUGGCAGGGAGGAGUGGAGCAAAGAAGGUUAUGAGUGCCAGAGAAAAGAAAGCUCAGAUUGACGACUGCUCUAAGCUCACUGAACAUCUCCUCCCGGUGCUUCCAAAGUUACUGUCCAAGUUUUCAGGUAGCUCAGACAUCGUUGCCUCCCUGAUGAAAAUCCCUCAGUACUUCCUCCCAGAGUGUCCUGAGGCUGCAAACACAGAGGUGACAUCCAGUCUGAUGGCAGAGAUGGGAGCAGUGCUGGACCUCCACUCAGACCCCGCUGUCCUGGAGGCGGCGGCCCGCACCUUCAUCAGUCUGUGUGAAGGGGAGACAACCUGGAGCUCCACGGCUCAGACUGCAAGAGACUCCCUGGUCCAAGGCUGGGUGGACCAACUGACCGCACUGCUGGAAGACUCACUCAAGGGUGACAGUUUCUCUGCUGACGAAGAGAAAACAGCCGAAAUUUUAGCCACACUGAAGAAACUCAGAGCUUUCCACAACUGUCACGACCUCUCCCGGUGGAAUCUGUUUGAGCUGCUGUCCCCUCUCCUGUCAGCGGAGAGCAGCCAGGGAGGAGCGCCGCCCAAGGUGCUACUGGAAGUAUUACCGUGUCUGUGUUACUCCAUGCUCUGGUCUCUCAACAUGAGUGGUGAAACUUUAACAUCCAGAGAUAAAGCUGUGGCCCAGAGGCUCCAGCUACGGCUGUUCUGUGAGAGGAGUCAUCACCAUCUCUCCCACUACGACCACAGUGUGAGGCUGCAGGCUUUUUUGGGUGUCUGUGACGUCCUGACGGCUCAUUCCUACCAGCUACAAGUGUGGGAUCCCUCCUCCUUCGGUCCACUGCUCUACACACCCAUUCCCAAACUGCAGAGGGCGCUGUUGACCUUUGUAUGCGUGCACGUCUUUGUUGGCACAGAUUGUGACAUCCAAAGCAGUGUCAGUGCAAACUCUGAAGUGGAGAGGCUGGAGGACCUUCACAAACGAAGAAAUCUGCUUGCGGCUUUCUGCAAACUGAUAGUACACAGAGUGCUGGAGAUGAGCAUGGCAGCUGAGAUCUUCAUGUAUUAUAUGAAGCACCAUAAUGACUUUGGAGACAUCAUCAAGGAGACGAUGUACAGGACCAGGCAGAUAGAUAAGAUAGAGAACGCUCGUACGCUGGUGCUCUGUUUGCAGCAGCUGUUUGUGCGUCUCAAACGGGAGCAGGAGAGCGGAGGGAGGCCUCACCCAGGAGUCCAGACCUUCACCAGCAUCAAGGAGCUGGCCAGGCGCUUCGCCCUCACAUUCGGAGAUCUGGUCAAGUUUCGUGAAUGUGUUGUCAUGAUCCACAGGAACGGCAUAGAAUUUGUGUUUCAAGAGUUCACCCAGACCCCAGAAACUCCCACACCGCCGUACCUCUCCUACCUGACCAUACUGGGUGAAUUCUCCAGCAAACUACUCAAGCCAGACAAGAAGACAUUGUUCUCUUACCUGCAGAAGCACACUGCAGAGCACUUUGUAGACCACAGGGAGGAGGGCUGGCAGCCGCUCAUCUACUAUCGAGCUUCUCUGUUGGCAGUCGCUGAAGGGGAGGAUGCUGUGUCCUACGUUAGCUCUGAUAGGAAGCCCUACCUGCCCAAUCGCUCUCCCUUCUCCAAAAAACUAGAAGGUACUUCACUAAACAAGAACGUCAAGCACAGAUUUGUGUUGUUAUUGCCACCAGCUGCAUCAAUAUGUGCAUCCUUUUUGUUUUUUAAGGAAGUAAAUCUCCUUGUCCGUUCAGCCCGGUUGAGUCCAAAGUUAGUAAAGUUCAAAGAUCCGGUUUUAGUCCAAGCCAUCAGGAUAUGGAUCCAUUUUCUGUCCCCGUGGAACCUCAUGCAAGAAGACUGACCACUGAGGGAUCUGUCCUCAGCACUGGCAACGAGGUGGAAGAUGACACAAUUGAUGUUGAGGUCUGAGUAUGAGGAG